UGUCAUUAGGAGUUAUGUCCUCUUGAUUACGACAUCCGAUUGAUUACGCCAUCUUGUUAUUGUGGGAAAGCUGAAACAGCCUACUUCUCUACUGAGUCGUCUUCCUACCAUAUUUUAUUGGAGUUGCUGGUGAAUUGUUUUCAAGGGGAACUUGUCACCAUGCCAUGUCUACAUGUUCCGCAUUUGCUGAGCAAUACACCACCCCAAACAUCUAGAAAUAAAGCGGUGACAAUGGUUUCCACCCUUUCUGAAUGGUCCGUUGUGUCUGAGUAUGUGUGCUUGGCUCAUCAUAGAACCAACACUGGUUUGCUCGAGCUGCCCAGUGAAACCCCAUGUGACUGUAAUGAUACCACAUCAUAGGGAAGACUGUAACAAUUAGGAGGGUAAUAUAUUUAUAGAAAUGUUGUAAAUACUAGUACGUGGAAGCAUAAUCAAUUGCUCAAUGUCCUGGUGUCACUGGUGAUCCCGGCCUUUCGGAAGUCAGAAGUUGGUCCCGACAAACGACAAGUCUCACGUCACAAGUUUUAUAUUUAUUGCAGUCUCAUGUGCAGCCUCAAGGAUUGAAAAGGAAUUCUUGUAAUCUGGAGCUAAUUCUUUUCUGAGUACACAAAAUAUGGGAGAUCCAGUGGAAAGAAAAAAUGCUGCUGUAAGCAGAUUGAGAAACAACCUACGAAAGAAGAGGGAAUCUCUUGCAGAUCAGUUUGACUUCAAGAUGUACAUAUCAUUUCACUUCAAAGAUGAGAAAAAGAAAAGUGCCCUGUUUGAAGUUGCAGAAGUCCUACCUGUAAUGACAAACAACUACGAACACAGCAUUUUGCAAGGAGUCAAGAACGACUCUUACUCAUACGAAAGCUCUCGAGAGCUCAUCGAUAAAGACGUUGUACAGUUUCAUGCUCACAGGUGGCAGCCAAUGAGACGGGAUGUUAUUGGGUGUAUAAGUCAACUGGAUUUCUUCUUGUGGCCCAGGAAUGACAUAGAGAAUAUCCAAUGCCACUUGUAUUCACGCUGGAAGGGAGAAGAGGCACCUUUCAAGCCCUUGAGUGCCGAGUAUUCCUUUGGAAGUGACGACUACGAGCGACAACUGAUGCGGUUGCUGACAGUGCGGGAGAAGAAUGGGCUUAUCGUCACCAACCCUGAUCAGACAGUGUUCUUGUUUGUGGACAAGCAUCAUUUGCAAACCACCAAAAACAAAGUGAUGGUUUACAAACUGCGCAGUCUGUGCCUGUACCUGCCACAGGACCAGCUAAUGUCGUGGAGCUCGGGCACAGUGGAGGAUCUGGUGGCCUCUCGGUAUCUGUAGCUAUCCGCCCACGCCGCCUUGGUCGACUCUGUUCCUGGAUUUGACAAAAUAUUGUAUAUAUAGAUAUAUUAUACGAGAUAUAUAUCUCCUGGUAUCUGUGACGCCUCGAGGACUGGACUGAACGGUUUGAAACUACUCUCUUCUCAGGGUUUAUGUAUCUUAACAACAAAUCAAAUCUGAUGGGUUUUUCUCAGCAACAAAGAAAUACUGCUUGGGGAUAGGCAAUCUGUCGUCUCUAAAUAUCUGGAUUUGUUUUUAAAUGCAUAUUACGUAUAUAUAUAUAUAUAUUGUUUUUGCGUAUGCCUUUCUAUGAAAGGAAUUGAUAUGCAAAUAACAGAGGAAAAAUUGCCAGCCCCAAGUUGUGUUGAAAAGGGCUUGGAGUGUGAUGUAAGUACUCACCCACAGUGUUCUAAACGAUGCAGUUUUUAUUGGAGGGGUGGGCUUUCUUUAUGUUGUUGCUGGGUAGACGGGAAUAAUCACUUCGAUGGCACUGUUUGCUGCCAUUUAUUCUCUUUGGUCUUCCUUUUGUCCAAGGUUACAUCUCUCUUGGUGGCUCUCGGCAGAAUGUGUUAGAAAAGAUGAUAAACAGUAUGUUGGUUAAUGUGCAGAGGGUUUAUUGAGCAGGCAAAUGUUACAGGCUUGUGUUUUUAUUCUGUUUUAGUCGGAGCAAUGCUGAAAUGAAAGAAAUUGGAAGACAAGGAAAGAUGGGCUUAUCCUUCGUUUUGGAGAUUUGGCUGGUAGUGUAAUGUGUGGUAUGUCGUAAAGCAUAAUGUGACAAUUCAUUUCUAACAUGGUGGGACAUUGCUAGUUGCCAGCGUCUUCAGGAGAAAUGUUUUGCAAUGGCACGUACAGUAUGACAAUAAGACAUAAGGCAGUAGAUAAUUUGAGACACUGGUGUGCCUUCUUUGAUCGCAACAAUGCUGCAUCAGUUUUUGGAUUGAAGACGAGUGAAUUUGUCUUGUUCAGGGGUCGCUCCACGGGUGGUCACUCGCUCAUCCAGAAGCUGUCCCGUCCGAUAUCUGUUGGUUUUGUGUUGUGACCCUGUGUUUAUAAGGGACUUGAUCGUUUGGCUGGUUCUCAUCAGUUUAAUGAUAGUGAUAGUAAUGGUGAGCGUUUUACAGUUUAUCAUCACCCCCCAACCGACUUUAUAGGAAUUCUGAAACAUUCUCAGCUACCUGAGAAGCAUUGAUUUUACUGUAUAGGUUAAAAUUAUCAUGAAAUUGCAGAGUCAAUUUCACUUCAGCUCUGGAAGUACCAUGGAGUUUUGUGCUGAUAGAGGCAGUAACGCCAUGCUACUUGUGAUGUAGGCUGGUAAUUUCUUGUGACAAAUUUGGGGGGAAAGCAAGCACUUUACUUUUCCCCACUAUUUCUUUUAUUUCUCCCGGAGAACAGGUAUUAUUCUAAGAAUUUUGUUUUCUGUUUUACUUCAUACUAGUUGUGUCUAUAAAGUGUCUUUUUGUUUGCAAAUGCAGCCUCAUAAAUUUUCAGGUAUUCUCACACAAUCGUAGUGGCAUUCCUGGUUUCAGAGAAGUGGUGACAUUGUCUAACAAUAACAAAGUUUUAUUUGUGUUUGUGACGGAAGCAGGUGGGGAUUGUUGUAGCACCUUUAACCAGUUGGGAUUUCACUGAAAUUUAUGCGCAUAAUGAAGACCCAAAUGUAAAUAGUUUGACAACUGUAUGGUACUCAUCAUCACUGAGUGUCAGAUCUGCGACAAACAUCAGCAGUCAUGGUUCCCCAUUCAUUCCUUUGCUCGGAUGCAUUCAGAAAAGCUGUAUUAUCCUCAUGUUUCCUCCUCACCCAUCUGUUUAGGCUUUGUGUAAGUUGCUGUGGAUUUACCCCUGCCUCAUUGGCCUUCAAUUUUAUCAGUUCAAGGUUCUUGUGUUUAUUCAAGUGUCUCAGAAAGUGCGGUACUAAUAGGUCUAAAUUGCUGUCCUACUGGCUGGAUACUUUGCAACAGAUGGUUUUUCAUGGAAGGUUUUUUUUUGGUGCUGUGAGUACGUAUGUGGAAGCUGCUUAGCUCUUGUAGGAAAAUUCCACAGGCUUACAGCAGCCUUGCUCAACUGGCUUGUCUGUUGAGGUGGGGUUUCACAGAGCUGUACUCUCAGUCAAUAACGGUCCUUUAGUGAUGUUGAAAAAGACAGACUAAAACGGGGGGAGGAGAGGAGAGAAAAGAAGGACCUACCAAUGGCAUCCUCCAACCACCCUCCAUAAAAUGAAGACCUUACGUAAAAGAUAUUCUGUUAUUGUACAGUUAUUUUUGUGCCCAGUUUUAUUAGAAGGAAAUGUUAGUUUUACCAGUUAGGUUUUAUGGCACUUGCAGACUUUCAGCACAAAUAGGUCAUAUAAGUGCCAAAGAUUAGAAAUGUUACUAGAGAGUAAUGACAUACAAAUAAAAGGAGAGAUGAGGACGAUAAUGUUUGCUUUUGAUGAGAAAGAAGUAAGAAGGAGCAAACUACACCAUAAUUCCAGUCAACCAUCCACGUAGGAGGAGAGAUAAAGACGAUAGAUGGGUGAUAGGAAAGAAGGAGAAGAGGUAGGGACGACGGAUGCGUGAUAGGAAAGGAGCAAUGAUAGUUCAGUUGGUGCCACAGACUGCUGCAGGUGGGGAGAACUGGGAUGCCGAACUUUGUUUUUGACACGGAGGUGACAGAACUGGUGUUUGUGGUGUAGCAGGCUAUGCUCUCCACUGUCGCAUGCAGGAGGCCCGAGUUCAAUUCCUGAGUGCGGGGAGAAAUUUAUUAUGGUGGGUAUUUCAGUCUUUCUGCUGGGAUGUAUCCCUCUCAGCCUGGUUUCGCUCGGACAGGCAGAGUUGGAAGCCUUCCCCCUGAAUUAUUUAAAUUGUGUUGAUGGCGGCGUAAUAACGCUUGCUUUUACUUUUAGAGGUGACAGAAGAGCCCACUUGUGGUGUUCUUGUAUUGAUUGUGUGGUAGUGUAAAUAUUCUGGAGUGACUGCUGGAAGUGUGCUGGAAUUGGGGUGUGGAGUGUGCACACUGGAGGAAACUCCCGUUGAUUUUUGGUGUGUUAUAUUGUCAUGCAUGUGAGAGAGAGAUUUUUGAAUGAGUGAUAUUAUGAUGCAUGAGAAAGAGAGAGAGAGACAGAGAGAUAGAUUUUAGGAUAUCAGUGUUCAAUGUGAAAAGAGAGAGAAAGGUUUGUGGAUGUCUGAUGUGAUGCUUGUGGUAGUGAGAGAAUGUCUUGAUGAUUGAAAUGGAGGUUUUGAAUGUAGCCUUUCAUGAGCCAGUUAGUGAAUGUAGCCCUUCAUGAGUCAGUGAAGGACUGCUGCCCUCUGUUGCACUUUAUUUUUUGAGGUGGCAUACAAAUCUAUGUAGCCUUCUGCCAUCCCUUUUGAAAGACCUUAAAGAAAUGAAGAUUUGUUCAACACUUUUUGCAAGAUGAUAGGAAAAUGUAGUCUUCUGCUAUAUCAUUUGCAAGACGAUAAGGAAAUGAAGUCCUACACCACUUUUUUGUGGAUGGGAAACAAAUGGAUCUUGUGCGUAUACCACCAGAGAACCUGUCUGAUGUAUCUAUCCUAAACUGACCCGAUCAGUUGACCUGCCUCUGUCUGAUUACGAUCAGAUUGAGUUGAGUGUGUGAUCUGCGUGUGUCCAGUGUGUGUGCGUUUAGUGUGUAAUAAGUGUCGUGCUUGGUGUGUGUGACUAGCCUGUGUGGAGGAAUGCGUUCAACAUGCGUCGAGUGUAUGAUUAGCGUGUAUGGAGGAGAGUGUGAUCAUCGUGUGUGGAGAAGUAUGGGAUCAGUGUGCAUUGAGUGUGUGAUCAGCGUCACGCUUGGUGUGUGUGUAAGACUUGCAUGCCGAGUCAAAUUUCGUAACCUGAUAUGCAUUUGUAUUUUCCUGUUUAUUAUACUGUUCUUCCUAUGAUUCCUAUGAACUGCUGAUCUUUAUUCAUAUUAUGCACCAUUGUCCCUCGCCCCCCUGCCCGUCAGUCAUGCAUGGCCCCAAUUCCUCUGUUUCUUGCAAAUGAGUGAACAUUAAACGGGAAAAGACAUUGACCAGUUUGUUUAUCAGGACUGUUUGUCAUUAAGGUAUCUUUUUCUAAGUUGUUAA